CCGCGCGCGGGGCACGACGGGAACCGCCCUCAGCCGGGACCCGCCAUUUUCUGCCGGGAAAGGCGGGAAGGGGGAGAGCGAACCUGCACCGCGGGACCCGCACGGCUCCAGCGCCGCCGCCAGCGCCGCUCGCAGGCUGUGACGGCCCGGAAUGGCCCGCACCAAGCAGACGGCUCGGAAAUCUACCGGCGGCAAAGCGCCGCGCAAGCAGCUGGCCACCAAGGCGGCCCGGAAGAGCGCGCCGUCCACGGGCGGCGUCAAGAAACCGCACCGCUACCGCCCCGGCACGGUGGCGCUGCGCGAGAUCCGGCGCUACCAGAAAUCCACGGAGCUGCUGAUCCGGAAGCUUCCGUUCCAGCGGCUGGUGCGGGAGAUCGCGCAGGACUUCAAAACCGACCUGCGCUUCCAGAGCGCCGCCAUCGGCGCCCUGCAGGAGGCCAGCGAGGCGUACCUGGUGGGGCUGUUCGAGGACACCAACCUGUGCGCCAUCCACGCCAAGCGCGUCACCAUCAUGCCCAAGGACAUCCAGCUGGCGCGGCGGAUCCGCGGCGAGCGCGCCUGAGUCCCGCGGAUCCGGGAAAAUCCGGGCGGGAUUGCGGCCAUUCCGCCACUCCCGCCGCUUUUGGGGCAAAUUCCUCCUUUUUUUGUACGCUCGGGGGCGGGCUGGGGCUCCCCGGUUUUCUACGCGCGGUUUUGGGGGGGAAAAGAGGAAUUUCGGGG